UCCAGCGUCCACACCUCUGGAAACUUGUUGCGGUCACAACAGCUAGCGGCUAGCUCCCAGCUAACGUUAGCUGCUCGGUAUCCAGCAGCAGUCAUAGCGCAGAGAAACUCGUGCUCCGUCCACAAACCAAUGACAGGGACACCCAGCUCACAAGCAUGCGCCUGGACAUUGACUGAUAUCUGCUUCUUCUCACCGACGCUCCGUGAAGCGGUCUCUCGUCUCUAAAGCGCAGUAACUUCACUCGGACAUGGAUCCUGAACGACUGAAACGAAGAGAGGAGAUCCAGAAAGCAAUGAGCUUCAUCCAGUCAUCGUUGCCUUUUCCAGAGCCUGAGAGUUAUGAGCCAUUCCUGACCCAGUUGGUUUGUAACUUGCUGGACGAGGGCAAUUCUUGCUAUCGAGAUGGGGACUGGCGCCAGGCGACCCAGCAGUAUGGGGAAGGGAUAAGCGUUGCACGCUACGCCCAGGCAGAGGCCCUUGUCAUCCCUCAAGAGCUGCUGGAGGGCCUCUAUGUCAACAGGGCUGCUGCCUACUAUCAAACGAGGGAGUAUGAGAGAGGUGAUCAGGACUGUGACAGUGCACUAUACGUGUCCGAAGGCAGUCGCAGGGCUUUGUACCGCAAAGCACUCUGUCUGAGGGAGCUGGGACGACUCCGAGAGGCCUAUGAGUGUGGAACCAAAUGUCUCCUCACAGCACCACACGACCGACAGGUAACAGAACUGGCCCAGGAUCUGGCCAAUAAACUGGGCCUGAAGGGCCGUAAAGCUUAUGUCAGCCCUCAGAUAGAGUCCACAGCCAGUGAUGGGGAGAAUCAUGGGGAAACAUCCCCACCCACUGGAGAGAUGUCCUCCAAUGGGCUGGAAUCACUGGGUGACAUUGGACCAGCGGACAUGUCCAAUGCACAGUGCAUCCCAGCUCCUUUGGCCACACCCAUCCCAGUCAGUGAUGAACCGCCGAGCCCCGUAGUGUCCCCAUGCACCGAUUUGUCAGAGAGCCCCAGCAGCCAGGCCCUGCCUCCCAUGCCGUAUUCUGUCCCGGUGUCCGAGCACAUGGACGAAUGCAACAGUGUCAUCAAAGGUGAACUAGACAGUCUGUUGGAAUGCAUCCCCAAGAAAGUCAGUGAGAAUACAGUCCAGGGUGCUAUCCCCACCAACCUUCCCAACACGGCGGUUGCUCUCCGGCCACCGUACUCUCCCAACCUUCCGGCCCCAUCUCCACAGCUUCCCCCAGCUUUCUUCAGCUCCCCUAUCAGUGACAUGCCCCCUCUGGAGUCUUACUCGCCGCUGGCCCAGCGGGACCAAGGCUCCACCCAGGCGCAGGACGCACUGGGAAGCUUCUCCGCAGGGGCUUUGGAUGUAGAAGGAAAAACAGGAGUCGCCGCUGGCGGGCUGGACUCAUUGUCUGAAUACACUCUCCCUGGGGGACGAGUGUGUCACAGCUUCAUCCCGGGAAUUCGCACCAACAAUGCUGCUCAUGCAAAUGGUCCGGCAGGAACAAACUUGUCUCUGCUCUCCCGGAACCCCCUGGCAGCUACGCAUGAGUUUCGACAGGCCUGUCAUGCCUGUUACAGUCGAAUAGGUCCUCGAGUGAUGGACUACAAGUAUCAGCCAGAGGCAGCACAUCGUUGCAAGAGAGAUGUGCUGUUGUGCCGCCUCAAAAACACAGAUGACCCCACCUGGAAGAGGAUCCGGCCCCGGCCUGCACGGAACAACUUCCUGGGGGCAUUUGUUCUCUGUAAAGAGGUGCAGGAACGUCAGGAGUGCCAGUAUGGGGAGAAUUGUACUUUUGCCUACUGUCAGGAGGAAAUUGACGUGUGGACACAAGAGAGGAAGGGCGCAUUGAGCCGAGAGCUGCUGUUCGAUCCGCUGGGCAGCACAGAGCGACGGGCGCUUAGCGUCACCAGACUGCUGCAGCUCCAUAUGGGAAUGUUUAUGUUCCUCUGUGAGGAAUGUUUUGACAGUAAGCCUCGCAUCAUUAGCAAGCGCAGCAAAGAAAACUUAUCAGUCUGCUCAAACCUCACAGCUCGACACCCGUUCGACGAUAACAAGUGCCUGGUGCACGUGGUGAGGUCAGCCAAUGUGCGCUACAGUAAAGUGCGUCCCCUGCACCCCCUCUGCCAGUUUGACGUAUGUCGCCACGAGGUCCGUUACGGCUGUCAGCGCGAGGACAGCUGCUCUUUUGCGCAUUCUGUCAUAGAGCUCAAAUGCUGGGUCCUACAGCAGGACACUGGUAUCACCCACGAAGAGAUGGUGCAGGAAUCCAAGAGACACUGGCAAAGGCUGGAGCAGAAUGCACAGAAGCAGCAGAAGCCCAUCCAUUUCCCCCACCCGAGCAGCGUACCUACAGGUGGAGUCGGAGGAAUGGGGGGCGGGAUUGGAGGAAUUGGGGGAGACGGCCUAGGUGGCGGAGGCGUUGGACCAGUGGGAGGCAUUGGGGUGGGGGGGUUGGGAGCAGCAGCAGGACGGGGACGACCCCUCAACCUGAAAAUGAAAUUUGUGUGUGGCCAGUGCUGGAGAGAAGGACAGGUGAACGAGCCCGACAAGAACCUCAAGUACUGCACAGCCAAAGCACGGCACAGCUGGACAAAGGAGCGUCGGGUCCUGCUAGUCAAAUCCUUUGAGAAGAAGAAGUGGGUUGUUGUUCGGCCUCUGCCUUUCUCCCGCACCUAUCCUCAGCAAUAUGAUAUGUGUGUGCAUGUGAUGAAGCAGAAGAAGUGCCACUAUAUUGGGAACUGCUCAUUUGCUCACAGUCUGGAAGAAAGGGACGUCUGGACAUACAUGAAGAACAACAGCUUGAGAGACAUGCAACAGAUGUAUGAACUGUGGCUGCAGCUCACCAAUCAGAGUAGACGCACAGAUAGCUCCGCUGUGACGCCGCCUCCAGAGGACAAACAGGUCACUAUAACAGCAGAUUACACAGAAAGCAUGUCUGUGCACAGUAAUGUCCGAUUGAGCCGAUGUGUUGAUAGAGCUGGUCAUUGCCCAGGGAACUUGGAGCGAGGCAGCGAGGAGGACGGCGAUUGUCAGAUGGGGAUGACCUCUGAGUUGCCAUGGUGACCAGACGCACCUGAUUGCCGCUGAGCUGCAGCCAGACACAGACAGGCCUGCCACACCAGCGACUACGGAAACAGCCUGUCACCUUUCCAGUCUGACCUCCGCUAGCAACUCUCCAGCAGUGCAAGAGCAAAUGUACACACAACUGAACAUUUGACCCCACACACAAACAGACAAGUACACACAAAAUAUACAUUCACACAACACAAUACACAAUUUUCAGGCACCGAUUAACACAAUUAGAUAGCUUCGUAAGUUAAAAUACAGGACUUAGCUUUAGCAUAUUUUUUGUACCAUGCAGCAGUUACACAGCAACUUUAGGUUCUCCUCCAGCACAAUAUAUUACAAUCCCACAGACAACUAGUUCUGACGUAAAGAAUCAGCUAGUAUCCCCUCGUACUGUUUGGACUGAGCAACUCUGUGUCCACUAGCAACCUCUUUCAUUUUUGUUGUUUUAAAUCCUCGCAGCACUGAAACAGUUCUUGGUUGGGCGCGCUGGUCGCAGCUCUCAAAUAUCUCUUGGUGAUAAUUCAAAACUCAGUUGAAGCUUAGCGCUCUAACACAGAAAGUUUAAAUCUAAACUUCAGAGUGCCAAAAAUGCUAAGUCCUCGGUGCUGUCGAUGGCAGUCGAGACUGAUAUGGAAGAGGUUCUUGGUGGACGCUUCGUCGUUAAGCUGCGUAUCAACCAAAUCCCACUCUCCUUCUUUUUUUGGAGAAUAAUGAUUUUAAGCAUUGUUUUUUUCCGAGGGGAGUUGUACUUCCUUGUUAUAUUGUCUGCCAUAUUGGUAGAACUCAGUGAAUGUAACGCCUGCAUGGGCCUUUAAAAACGAGGAAGUUAGUAAUUGCAAAGGUUGUGGAAUGUAUUUAAUUACACCUAAAAUGCUCAAAAACAGAUGUGUAACAUUGGCUUCCCCCCUCUUUAUUGUUAGAAUAAAAGUCCUGUGAUAGUUGUUUACGGAAUCAUACCAACUGGUCCAGUGAAGAACGAGCCCGGACACACACACACACACACACACACACACACACACACACACCUCCACACAUUAAGACUAUAGUUGCUGUCGCCCAAGUCCAGGUGAAUCAAAGCGUGCUUGAAUACCAGCUCCUCUGGGGUUGGAAAAAAAGGAUGAUUAAAAUAAUGUUCUGGCAACUAGAUCUUAAUGAAACAUCUGUGGCUUAUGUACACAAAGGCUUUAAGUAGUGGUUUGCGGUGUUGUGUGCUCAAAGCAGUGGACAGAUGUGAACCUGGUGUCACAAGGCUACAGAGAGGUGACUGCACAACAACACAAAGUCCUGCCUGAGCUGCUCUCAGCAAUAGAUAAGUAGACAUAUUAAGAGUUCAGACCGCAGAUGCCCACCAGGAAAUGAUGACCUCACUUGGGCUAAAGCACAGUGACAGUUCUGACCGUGCUGAAGACUUAAGUUGCGUGAAAAAAAGUAAAAGCUUUUGUAAUUAAUAAAAAAAUUAAAUCUGCUCCAGAUAAACAAUGAUUUAAAGACUGAAAAGAAAUGAUAGGGAAAAGAAAGAUAGAAAGGAUAUUUUUUUUUAAGAUUGGAGAAGUCGCUGCAUCUUCAGUCAAACUGGGGUCAUUAUUUCACUGCGCACCCACCAUGCUCCCUCAGCCUUCAAAUGGAAACUUGUGUUCCUCAUAUGCUCCCAAAUGUUUUGUUCCUGAUGGCUAACAGUAGCUCUGAGAUAAAAUAAAUAAAUACAUUUAUCGCAGGAAACCUGCCAGCUUUACACAGGGAGACAAUUCACACCGCAUAUUGUGCCUAUAAGCAACACACGCACAUGUGACACUAACACACACGCACACGCACACACACACACACACACACAGAGGUAGAAUAUCUGCUGUCAUCAUAUUCUAACCUUUAAUGUGGAAGGAGACACGAUGGAGGUAUGUCUAUAUUCAGAUACAUAUACACACAUAUUAUGCAUAUUUACGAAUAAUGGUAUACUACUAAUAAUAAUUGAUAACUUAGCGGUUAAGCUUAAUAAAUAUAUAACCUGAAAACCUGUAUUGAUUACAUAGAACUUCUUGUUAUUGAGGUAUUGCUAUAUGACAUGUAUCGCUGAACUAGAUGACUAUAGUGAUUUUUUUUUUUUUUUUUUUUAAUGAUUCUUUUAUUUUGUAAUUUUUCCUUCUGUGUGGGUUGUUCCAGACCGGGUUUGUUUGUAGGGACUGCAGCGGAGGUAGAAGUUGAUUUGUGAUGGUUAAAACAUUGAGAGCAGAGAUGUGGAGUAAAUCACCCAGCUCCGAGGGUCAUUUUGGUUUUUCAGCAGCUGUACUGUGUGUUCAGAAGCAUGCAACAUAUAGAUAAAAUGUGCACAGGCUGAACUUUAUAUUUAAAAUAUAAUUUUUUUUAUCCAGGGUGGCUUUAGUUCAGCUUCAAUUCCGAUGUUGCAAUUAAACAGUACUAAGAACCUUAUGGCUAACCCUGGGCUACACUAGGUGCGUGUGCAGUGUGUAAUGGCCGUGUCGCUGAUCUGUUGCGUGGGUUUCUGGUAUGACUACUGCAUUUCCAUGAAGAAAAGCAGCCUAUGAAUUCAACUAAAUACCAGAACUCCUCUAAGUUAUGAAAUCGGUGCAGGAAGUGUUGCAACUAUCAAUUUUUGUGACUGUUUGUGCACGCAGAGAAAAUAGGCAGCGACUCUCAAGCAUCCAGUGUUGCCCGGGCGUAACAGGCGCAAAACAUUGAAGUUGAAACAAAAUUGUUUUAUUUCGUAUAGAUGUGAUAAUUAAACCACAGAAUCGUACAUUUGUUUUGUCCCACCUCUGACUGCAGUCCCACACAUUUAGGCCAUCGGAUAAAUACUAAAGAGCUAAAUGGUUGUGAGGUCGCAGGCUGUUAAUCAUCCUGCACCUGAAAACUGACCUCAGAUUCUCGGAUCAGCAUUAAUCGUCUCUCAGUUUCAAAGCUUCUCAAAGUUUUUCUGGGAUUAUUGGUAUCAAGCCCUUGUCUGGAACAGCCCAGGUAUUAGCUUCUUUGAGGGAUUGUAUUACUACUACUCUUAGUAUUAUGAUGAAUAUGAUGACGAUAAUGAUUGCUAUCUAUUGACUAUUUCUCUUCUAUAUGCUAUUGAUAUAUGUAUGUUAAUUGCAAUGUAUAACUUUCUCUUUAUAUAUGUAUCCUUGUAUGAAUAUAAUAAUUUACAGUAAAUAUGCAUCUGUGUAUGCGGCAGUGCACAGCUCCAUCUGGGAGGCAGUGAGCAGAAAGACUCCUGAUAGCUGCUGUAGUAAGGCUCUCGAGUUUUUGGAUCCUACAGGUGGUGACCACCAUUUACACAGUAUGGUAGGCGUACUAUGUAUUAACGCUGUCUGAGCUCUGUCUGUAGGCCUGAAGAGAGUUUAAAGGGGACAAAAAUAGAUAGUUGAUGAUGAAAGUAUAUAUAUUGUAAACUUUCCCCUCUUCAGUGUCAUCUUACCAGCAGAGCUCUCUGCUCACUGCCUGUGCUGUGCAUCUUUCUUUGUUUUGAGUUUGAGUCUCCGGUCAGGGACAAAAGCAUACAUAGAGGCCUAUAUACUCCCGUAUAGCGCCUUAUUUGAUAUACUACAUCUAUAAGAUGAUACAUACCCCUAUUGUAUAAUCCUUCUUACUAUAUACAGUAUAUGAUACCUGAUACCUAUUAUAAUACUUAGACACCCUCAUAAGGUAAUUUAGAUAAGAGAUGGUGGAGCUGUUUUUUCCCCUCUGUGGCUGUGGAAGAGUUUGCUGUUGUCAGUGACGUGUUCCCAUCUUGUUUUUCAGGGAGUUUUCAAAAAGGACAGGUUGUUAAGAGAGCGCAAUAUACUUUUCUGAUCUUUAUCUUUCAAGUGGACGAACAAUUUUCCCAUCUUUGUUUGAAGUCCUGCGUUUAGAGACCUGCUGAAGUGAAUGUUUUGCCCGAAAAAAAAGCUGAACGUUUUAAAGAAGGCUCCUCUUCCAUUGUUGGAGAAAGACGAGCAUUGAUUAUAUAACACACAGAAAGACAUAAAAAAAAAAAGAGAACUUAAAAGUGUGUGCUUUGUGUUUUGUGUGUGUUGUUAAAGGCAAGCGAAUCAUGUCACUAAUUUAAAAAGAAGGCCAGUUGCUGCUGCAGCUGCUGCAGCUUCUGUACACAAAACAAAUCUCACGUGGAAAUUGUUUGUCAAGAAGGAUCUUCCGUCAUAACAAACACAGUAGAUACUCUGUCAGUCUCACUUAUCAAGUACAAUCGAUUUGCUGUAAAAGUGAGGAAACCCGUCCAUGAGAUGUGAGGUUUGUCAGGGAAUGGACAUUGACUCUGCGGCCAAAAUGACUGCUUAACUGUCCUGUCAUCUGUGGAGGACAUUUGGUCUUUAAAUUAUUCAAUUUGUGUUUAUCUUUUCUUUUUCCUGAUCCCUUAUAGCUUAAUGAAUACUGUGCACCAGUAAGAGAACGUUUUGGAACCUGAAAUUUAAUAAAAGCCUUGGGCUUUAAAUCUCUUUUAACAUUGUAUGCUGUAUUAGUUGUUUUUUCUGACAUAUGAAGCGUUUUCACAUUCUUCUCAAAAUGAAUGGAAGAGUUUAUUCCCCCAAAACACGCUUCAAUUUUUCUCAUAACUACAAUACUGAGUUUGUUAAAAGACGGGGACUGUCAAUCAGUGGUGACGUCCUUUCCUAAUAUCAAUUCUACAAGCCUCUGCCUUUAACCUUCCAAGCUCCUCCGAGACUUUAGCACCGGAAAACGUGUGGGGUCUCACUACCUCUAUUGACAUCACUACAAUUGUUGACCCUGUGUGAUGUCAUGCUGGUGUUUAAGCAGUCAGGCUGGUUUAUUUCUGCUGUUGCUUCCGAACCUUUGAAAGUGUUAUUCAUUGAUUUAAGAGUUGGCUUGAAGGUUCUCUUUGUCCAUUCUCUGAGUAAAACGACUCAUGUCCUGUGCAGUUCUGGUUAUUCCAUCUAUAGUUAAAUUCAACGACGCAGCUCUCAGCUGUGAAACACGAUUCCCAGUCAUUAAGUACUCAUGUGACACCCGCCCACCCACACCCAUCCCUCCCAUCUCUCCCAUUCCCAGUAACCUUUAUAGUUGGUGUCAUUUGAUUUGCCACAAAAACACACACACACACACACACA